CAAUAAUGUGCGUCGAGAAGCUUCUUCUUUCGCCGAAUUCCUCGUGACAAAGUAGCCUCAGCAAGCUCUUCCCUGACGUGGACGGAAGGCAAUGCUCGUUGGUUCGUGCUACUGCAUCUCCUUCACUCUUCAACAUCUUGCGGAAUACAACGAUAAACUUGAUUCCACUACAACCGGAACGAGAUAAAAACGUCCUCCAUCUCCAACCACUAGCGGCAGUAGAUAAGCGUUGCAGAGGGAAGCGAACGAAGCACAGGGGCCGUACUACUGUUCCCGAAAAGUAGACAUUUCUCGGACGAAUAUUGCUCCGGCAAAUCGUGGAGGAAGAAGAUCCGAAAGAAACUCUCAGCACUUUAGUUUGCAGCGCGUACUCCGGUCACUACUCCGAGAUACGCGCGCAUCGUCAACAUCUGGAAGGGACUGAAACAGCAGGCUGUAAAAAUAUUAUAAAGACGAGAUCGCGCAAGUGUUGUUUUUACAACUUUUUUUCUCCGAGAGUAUUACUUUGUUGCUACGCGUGGCUAUAAUAACCGGUACAAAGCUAUACGCAAGGACAUCAUCGAUCGCAGAGGAUUGAGCGCAGUAGUACCACGGACAGCCAUAAGAUUAGUAGACUGCUGCAUGGAGGUUGCAGCAGAAACAAACUGAAACUAGUACUCCCACCAAAUAGCUGCAUUACAGUAGUUGCGGGCUCGAAGACGAAAUACAUCUCUUGUAUUCUCACUAGUGGACCACAACUAUAGAUACUGGGCGUGCAACGAUCACGUUUUGUAGUCAUAACUUAUCUCAAGCAAAAUCACAGGCCGGGCUUCGUGGGCGGUACAACUAGAAGCAUGUCCAGACUUUGUAUUGCAACUGAGCGGGUAAUUAAGUGAUUCCGAUCUUUGUAGCUCCAAAAUUUUUCCGUCACGUACUUCAAUUGUGAUUAUUCCAGUUCUUCAUAUCGCUGCUCUAUGUUGAUUUUUCGCAGAUCGGGCCAUCUUCAUGUUGGGUUCUUUGAAAGAGCUGAACUAAAAAGGAAAUAGGGCUACUGAAUAAUUAGCGUCGUUGAGGUCGAGCCGUCUCGUAUUUGAGGCUCCUUCCGACGACCCAGCGGCUGUGCACUAUCUGCUCCCUUCGUUCCAUGCUGAUCGCCGUACCAGCACUACAAUAUGAGCUGCACAUAUUAGUAUUAAUUAUCUUCCGUGAAGCGAAAGUGAUCGAAUUAUAUCAAGUAUAAUAACAAUCCUACCGCUAUUUUCUUGUUAGAUAGUAUGCACGUCUGACUUUGCGGCCUUGGAUUGGUCUGAAACUGGUUGGGUGCGAUAAGUUUUCCUCUUCUUUUCCGGUGGUUUGUGACUUUCGUGAACCUCAAUCGAAGACGUUUGAAUUUGUUAACGACCUCAUUGUCUCUUCAUUAAGUUGUGGAGCAUAGAGAUAGAAGCAGUGUGGUUGGUUAGCAAUAAAGAUUGUGCGUGUCUAGCUCAUUUAUUCUUCACUUCCACAUGUACUAUUUUUAUAUCCACCUCUCUUCUUCGUGUUCGUCAAGUUCAAGAAAUUAACGUAGAAGACUUAGGAGGAACCAAGAACGCAGAGUACUACGUACCAGCUCGGUGUUAGAAGAUUAUAUAUUCGGACAACUCAUUUUCACGCGACGAGGCUAGACCUAGUCUGUGACCACGGCCUAGUGGUUUUCGAAACUUUCUAGAUACCUCUGCAGUUGAUGUUGACAUAUCGUUCUCUUCCAGCUCAGAUAGCUUCAUUUGACUAGAAAAAAGGUUCAACAAAUUUGCGGGCACCCUUGUCAACAUUGUCCCAUACAAAUGCUCAUCUUCGAGUAAAGCUCCAUCCGCGCGCCGCUGAAGUGGGGGCAUCUUUUAUAUUUUCAAUCAAUUUGAAAGUCCUUUUCGUUUUCCUAGAAGUCCCGUCGUCAGAAACAAGAAAAAUAAUCUGCCUACAUCCUUCUUCGAGAAAAAUACGGCCGGUUUUUAGGACGUGUUCUAAUUAUAAUCCUAAUUUUUUUCUACAUUUUUACGCUCAACCGUGAUUUAUUUCUACUCCAUAGUACUGCAUAUUGUCAUUUCUACUUCAUAGUGCUGUUGAUUUGCAUGUUAGAUAACACUCGUGGUCUUGUCCUAAUCUGUAACGGGCGCUGUCCUCAAAUUUCCACGUCGACCCGCUCCACCUUGAGGACGGUUAGUCGUCGUAUGUCUCUUCAAUAAUCAUCAUUCAAGUGUCAGAUAGGUGUCUAGGCUUCCUCGAGACGAAGUGUUUUGGUUUUCAGUUUUCUGCUAUCAAAUGUUAACGUAGGUUGCUCGUUAUCGUAGUUUCCUCACCACGGGUUGUUGUCUUCGUCUGCACGAGGUAUGGCAUUAUUCUCUCGAAGCGAUUUUUUUUAUUUCAGGUAGCUUGUCCCACGGUUGUAACUUACAGGUGUGCUUCGCAAUUUCGAUUUCUUUGACUUCCCCUCAGGAACAGUGUUGUGUUUACUUAGAUAACAGAGUAAAAGAACCACGUUCGGCAGACAUUUUCGUUGGCCAGUUCGUGACCUCAUAUCUGGGUACGACUUGUAUUGUUAAGUUUGAAUCUUGAAUCUUGAUUUAGCUCAUUCAAUUUAGUAAAAACAAAAAAAGACGUUAGUCUAAGAUAAAAGCGUACGUAAGAAUAAUAAUAGGAAUAUAAGAUAAUGAUAAGAAUAAUAAUAAUAAUGAUAAUAAUUUCUAUUCUAUAAAUUAAAACGCACUAAAGCCUCCGCCCGGAGCUGGAAGGAAAAAGUAAUUAAAUUUUUUUUGCCACCACUGCGUCCCGUCGCGUCAAACUAUACCUCAAGAACAGGCAAACGAAAGAGAAUGAAUGAGUCGCGCAACUGAUAACGAACCACGGAGCACAAGGUAGGAGAAGUCAUUUUAUUUCAUGACUGUUGUGGGGAGGUUUAGUAUGAAGCAGUGGUAGCAGUUCGUCGUCAGUCCAUCGUGUCAAAGGAACGUCACUAGUGCAGGAGAAACUACAACAGAGAUCUUCGCCGUGAACGACCACAGGAGUGGAGCACUUCGCUAUCAGACUUGCUGUGGGGCUUUGUUUAUCCACUUCGCUGUGAUAGAAGUAGAACGAGAACUAGAUAAUAAGCAAUCGACAUCAACGCAGCAUCAGCUGCAGACGCAAAUCAUUCUCGUGAGGAGCAGGAACGCCAACAGCAACACUAAUAGAGAAGGUUACGAAUUGUAUCUUCCGAAGCAACCAAGGAUCUACCGUUUCUCAUAUUCACCAUGGUGGAGCCAGCAAAGAGUCCGGCUGUCGCUGCAGCGAAUGCAGACGCUGCAUCCGAAAUAGGCGAACAAGUUGCGAGCCCCUCGCCUGCACAAGGGGUGUCUCAGAAUGAGGAGUAUGGCACCUGCUGGAAUGCUCGUUCUUGAUCAUUAGCUCAAGUAUGUAGGUGUUUUGAUAAGUCUCUCGAUUUUUUCAUUUUAUAGUAUUAGAUCUUACCGUCCUUUCAAAUUCCCAUCUUCACGAGCGAGAGUCAAUGAGUAUGUUUGUGAUUCAUCCCGAGUGAGGCACGCCGAGUGAUCAAUUUGGCAACAGUCUUUUCUUCUAAUUUCGCGCCACGCCCAAGGCUGGCAGCCCCCCAGGGCUAGGGAACUCAAGUACUUCUGAGGCUGGUCAAGCAAAUGCAGUGGCAGUACCGGAUAAAGGAUCGACUUCGAACAAAACGGACGAGAAUAAUUAUGAAAAUCUAUUUGCCCAACAUCGAGUUCGAGUAGGGGUAGAUUAAUCUGAUGAAUCUUCUAUUGGGUAACUUCUUAAAUUUAGUAAGCUCCCAGCUCCGGCACGUAUGUUUCGCCUUCUAAUAUUGAAUUAUACUCCACGGUUGGAUGCCGAUACACUACUACCACUACUUCUAGCUAUUCUUGUCUGAAAAGUAACAAUUGAAUUGUACCUCGUGCUAGGUAAAUGAGUGAAUGGAUGAAUUGCAAAAGUUGCUUUCUUUAGCCUAGGAAAGGUGUGUGAAUGUAAUCCGAGUUAGAUUUUUCACCAAAGUGUUUUUUUAGAGGCCUUGUCAGUUCUUCUGUUGACUUAGCUCCAGCAGAGAAAUUAUUUGCAGCGAUGUGUGAAUGGUUGACAUUGAUCAUGUCUACAGAGGGUGGCCCCUUUCACGCAUUGCAGUCGCCUGGCGCUUCUACUGCAACCGCGGAGGGUACCAAGGAGGAAGAGAAGCCGGCGGAAGCUGAAGGAUCCUCUUCCUCUGCAUCUACUGCAGCGCCCGCAACUAUUGGAAGCAGUGGAACUGGUUUUAAGUCUCUGUACAGAAGUAUGUCGAUUACACUACAAACAUCUCAACAACUCCGCUCAGUCUGAAAAAUUCUCAAAUGAGAUUACUGAUUUUUUAGAAAGAGACUGUGAACAAUAGAUGGGCCCUGUGUUACAACUUCCCCAGAAAAGAAUGAUCGAAGAAUGGCACCUCUAACUACGCCGGCAAUGGAAAUGGGUAUGCGAAUCGCCGUGAAGGAGGCUACCAACAUCAUCCAGCGUCUCUUAAAAAAUUCUCAAAGAGCGAUAUUGCCGAGCGCGAGAAGGAUGCUGGCCGAAUGGUUCUCUACAUCCAGAACGUCCUCAGCAGGUAUAGCCGCGCUGGCUCACCUUAUACUUUAGUUAUUAAGAUAUUAGUAGCUGUCUGUGUUUGAUUUUUUCAUGAAUUACCAACUUACAUAAGCUUUUUCGGGGUCUGCUUAGAAUAUCUACCUUCACAUGAGGGAAUUCAUCGCAGCGUACUUUUGUAUCUUCCCCUUGUAUUCUGGUUUAAUCCACGGUAAGAUUGUAAAUGAGUAGCAGCGCCCGCAUCUUCAUGUUGAGGCAGACUAUAUGUCGGUAGGUCGAACCGUUCAGCGUGGCUAAAUAUUUGUCGCUCGUCUCUUACUGCACUAUCAGAUUCAACUUUAUGCUCCUGCGACUUCAGAGAUAUCCACUCCGUGUUGAGGCUUUUGAUUCCAAUGCUGAAACUGGACAAACGUCUGGGUUGGAUCGACUGUUGUUUUUGAAUUCACUUAUGCUUUUUCCGUCUUGAUUGAUCCAUUUCAAGAACAAGAACUACUUAGCGGUUUCCGUUUCGUUGCGCUUGUGUUGUCUUUGUGAUCAAAAGCCUCAUACAUAGCGUUUUGUAGUGCAUGCAAGCAUAUCUCUGAUGUUGCACUCCUCAUAUUACCUUUUGCGGUUUUGAACACUCUUUUUGGAAACGACCUCGUGUCGACGCAUGCAAGAUAUUUGCAACGGAUACACGAAAUUCAUGAGAUGGAUGACGCCGCCAAGGAAGUUCUUGCUGAAGAGUACUCAGCUCUCUUUUAGAAUCAAGUAGUUUUGAGUUGAUUUAAUCUUAUUGCAUAAGCGCGACGAUGGUAGAGCAUUAAGACCAACCGCUUUGUUGCUCGACAGUAUGUUGUUAUGGUGUGUUCUAAUUAUCUACUUUCUAGUACUACCCUCCUGGCGUGGUUCCCCAGGGGGCGACGCGGUGGGAGCCUGAGGAACUUGCUAGACAAAGCACAUACGUGGACACUCUUCAGCAGGCGCCAGAUUUGACCAGAAGCCUGAGAAAUGGCAGCGAGCAGGAUGGUCGAAGAUAGCUGAAGCACUACAGUGGACGCCUGAAAGGGGUGGGGGUACCUGCGGGCCUAUCGCCAAGCGGAAGACGCAGUCUGCGGGCCUAUCUUCAGCCUUAGGCACAGGGAGGCGCAUGCCCUGCGGGGCUGAUUCGUCGGCCUGCCAGGGUCGAAGGCUUUCACAGGCGCAGGCCACGCGGGUCUGCGGGGGUUCAAAGGUAUAGGGCGCUGCCCGUCUGUGAUUGGUGGCGCGCUGGCGUGGCGCUGCACUGGGCCGCCGCCUCGCACUAUCGGGCAGCGCGAGCCCAGGGGAGGGAAGAGGAGAGUGGGGCGCCAAAGUUUACGCCUUAACUUUCAGAAUUCACGCCCCAACCUUUCGCAAGUCAUGUCUUACCUUUCAAGUAAAGCCCACGCCUGGCCUUAACUUUCAAAAUUCAUGCGCCAAGUGACUUGCAAAAUUCAUGCCCUAACUUUCAGAAUCAAUCACUUCAUGGCCCACUAACUUUUACAGUUCAGGUCUUAACGUUCAAAAUUCGUGGCCUAACUUUCACAGCCCACGUCCUAACUUUCACAAUGAAUUCACGCGCCAACUUUCAGGCAUAGCAAAACGCUGCGCGUUUUUGCAGUGUUGUCGCCGCGUUUGUUUACUUAUAUUCAAAGUUCAAAACAACUUAAAACCAAAACUCAGAGUCAACGCUCGAAAUUCCAAACCAAACCUCAAAAUCCAAAACCAAAAAAUCAAAACGACGGCAAAACUUUACAAGUAAACAGAUUACAGCUGUACCGGCUGGCGCAGGGACUUUGUGGGGCUUCGGGCGCCAGCUGAACACGACGACGGAAGGUAAGGCAAUUGGUAUUGUUAUCUUUUCUUUCAGAAUGCGAAAAUGGGCGGAGAGUGUGGCAAAAGCUGUUGCAAAAGAUCCUGCGAUGCAUACGCCAAUGUGCUUUUUAGAUGCGCGCUCCCCAAGCUACCUGCAGGAUUUGCUGCCCGGGCCCUGGCUGGUCUUGUUCGAUGGUGACGGCCACGAUAAUUAUGAGGACACAUAGUCACAUGGCUGAAGACGUGCGCAACUCUCAUAAGUACUUUUCAAUGUAUCCGCCUGGAAGCGAGUAAGUUUUUGAACCUUUCAUUAGAGCAGUCUUAUGAAUAAUUUGGUAUCCGCUGCUAGAAGUAGUCUUUCUAAGAUGUAGGAGUCUAUGCCAGCAUGGUGGACCGCCGCAACAGAAACAACGACCUUGUCUGGAGUGCUCGAGACGUACAGUAUACAGACCGUCGCGGUGUCCCGUAUCCAGAGCUUCCCUAUGAGGCGCUUGACGAAAAGCUGCAUCCGCUUGCCAAGCUUUCGCUUUCGUUCUUCACUCUCCCAAGGUACUAUUUCUGAUCAUGCUUCGUACUGCACAAUGAUGCUUUUGUGAGCUUAAAUCGCUCCAGACGAUCUUUGAUUUUCAAAAUAGAAGCAUGGGGUUACGCAGCUGUUCUUAAGCUUUCAGUCCUAUUCGUUCUAUUGACUUGGCCUUUAUCCAAUGCCUACUACUACUACUUUCUUAGAUUUACAUACAAGAAAGGAACUGGUUCUACAUAUUUAUAUGUGCACCUGACGAUCGAGUCUUUGCUGAUUAUCCCCGUAACCUGAAGAAUCUUCAGGAUCAAGAGAGCCGCUAGAAACGUCGGACACUGUUUUGCGUGUUUUCGAGAUAGGCAGCUCUUAGACAUUUUUCGAGAGCUCAUCGGGGAAACGAGAGCAUUCUGUGCCCAACAAAGAGCGCUCCAGUGCUCAUUUUUAUGAUUCACUGAGAAGAACUAGACGCGCGAGAACCCGUAGGAGCCUGUAUGUUGAUGCCCCAACGCUGAUAGUUGAUGAAUACUAAGUGUAUUUAUGUGAAUAGAGCGACUCAUCGGAGUCAUCGACCCUGAAUAAUAUCUUAGUUACCGAAUAACGGGCGCUUCUUUCAUACAAGUUAACAUUUUUUCUCCGAAAGUCUGUCUUACGGCGCUUUUCGUUCUCCUUCAUACUGAGCCAAGCUCCGCGAUCUGCCGGACCUGAAAGAGUACUUUCGAUACGAGGUGACGCGUGUGACAAACGAGAACGCCUUCUGGUUUGAUGACGAGGAAUUCGAGGAAUUCUGCGUGCGUAACAAGAAAACCUGGAUUGCAGCAGGUUACGGGCCAGACGAUGACCUUUCAGCCGAAGGAUCUUCGGCUAAGGGACCAUACCCUCACAACAAUCGGAGCAAACCACAUCGAAGUGGCGGGCACUGGUUCACACAAAAUCCCUCCUCAUCAGCGAGAAACGCUCCUUCGUCCUAUAGUCGACACGGCGGCGGACACAGACCGUACUAUUUUUGCUGAGUCAUGAUCGUCAUUAUAAAUACAAGAAACCGGGGUCGCCCCUUGGGCGGCCCCUCCUUGAUAAUAGCACAGCCACAGGCACAGAGAGGAAACAUAAGAGAAAAAAAAUAUAAGCGACAGAGGCACGGAGCGCCCGCACCUUGGCGGCUGCAGUCGACAUGAUGGAGAGGAACAAAGACCGAAGCAGCCCACGCAACCCGGAACCCUUGCGCGCGAAAUCAAUUCGGCACGCCACGCCAAUGAGAUAGGCCGGCCGGACAUGCAUGCGCGCGGGCGGGGGUGUUGCCAAUGCUGUAGGGGGCGCUCGACGUCGGUGAGCCCUCCCAGGCCCGCGCGUUCUGCUCGCCCUCGCUGGUCCCGCCCAGCUUGCCCAGACAGUUUGGCUCUGGCCUGCCAGCUUACUUUGGCCGCUCAGGCCUCUCCGAUCUGGGCUGUCCGCAUACAUUCUCGCCCAAGGCCAGCUGCUCUCGGGUUUGUUCUUUGGCUCAACGAGCGGGGACUGCCACUGCCCACCGGUCCAUCGAAUCCCACCUCGGCCCCAAAAAUACCCCACGACCUUCCCAAACACAGCACGACCUCCCCCAAACAUUGCACGACCCCCCACCAAACACAGCGCGAUCCUCUAUCUAAGCAGAGCACGACGCCGGGAUACAGCGUGGCCACGUCACGCAAACACAGCGUUCCUCCCAGCCAGGCAACACAUGAAGCACCAAAUACACCACGGCGCCCAAAUACACCACGGCGCCCAAACUUACCACAAGACCACCAAGAAGACACGCCACGACCCCCCAGGCAACCCAUUACGGCUCCCGGAACACAGCAUGAGCACGAGCAUGGAGCAGGCACCGCAUGACCCCGCGCACAAAUUACAGACAGCAAGCCCCGAAAACACAAAGGAAGCAACCCCGCAGAUAGCACGCAGCCCCUGGGCUAGUAUGACAGACACGGCCCGCCUCUUUGAAAAAGAAGCAUGCGCAUGGCCUUAAGGCGCAGCGCGAUCAUCUUGAGGCACCUCCCGACCCCAAAGGCACCGCGUGGCAGACCAUAAGCGAACCUGCGCACGGCCUUAAAGAAAGACACGGCAUGGCCCCCGGGUACAGCAUAGACCCCCAAAGGAACACAACACGACCACCAAGACACGCCAGCACGACCCCCAAAGACACAGCGCGCACCCCAAAAACAACACAGCGACAGCACCCAAGACAGCAUGGACCCCAAAACACAGCAAGGAAGACCCCGAAGGGCACAGCAUUACCACCCUGAACCCGCCACGGCGACGACCAAGACACACCACGAGCACGACCCCCAGCCAAGAACCACCACGACCCCCCGAACACACGUCGGCCGCUGUGACUCACUAAGACCUUGCGGCACCACGUCACUUCAUAGGGCCCCGCAUGACCCCCACGCACCAAGCAGAGCGCAGCUGAUUGGCCACCAAAACGCAGCAUGACCCCAAAAGGCAAAAGCACAGCGCCAAUCUUACCAGGGCUCGCCUUCACUGUGGCCCCCUCAACUCAUCGCGACCGCAGCCACACCACGCGGACGCACACGCAGCACGCGGCGAAAUUCAUUGAAAAAAGCCAGGCCACAAAGGAAGGGGGGAAAGCCUGGCGCCCAUUCUAAAGCCACGCACAAGCACAGCGUGACCCCUAAAGAGCAGCGCGCAGCCCCUGGAUAACCACGACCACGCCCCCCAUACGGAGGGCCACGCCUCCCCACCCCCUGAAAGACACCACGCGCACCCUGAAAAUGCGCGGCCUCUUAAACUCACCACAAGACACAACCCGCCCCGCCGCCCGAGCUGCAGCACGUUCAUGACUCCCAAAAUACUGCGCGCCCCCCUGGGAACGAAUUGCCCCCCCUUGCACAAGCAGCACGCACCACCCCGAGCCCCACCCAAGCAAGGAAGACCGCAGGCACAAAGUGACCCGCGAGACAUAGGCCACGACGGACCUUCCAGCGCAUCACCAUCCCCCGAAAAAUGUCACGGCAUGAACUGCCCAAAGCAUCGACAUGACCCCACGGGAACCAGCGUGGCGCAAGCAUGCAACUAAUCCAGUGCGACGCAUGCCAUGAAUCCCCCAACACCGCGCAGCCUCGAGACGCAGCAAGCAUGACCCCCAAGCAAGCACUGCCGCCAGCAUGGACGCCCAGGCCCUCGAUUGCCCUCAAGGUCAAGGCGCAUCGCGAUCCGUGAAAACCACGACGGCCAAAUAUUCACCAUCACACACCGCGCGCCCCCAAAGUAACGAAGAAAAAGCGUAACAGGGCAAAACAUGACGACCCUCGAACACACCACGACCACCAAGCAAGACCAAAGCGUGCUGGGCUUCUCUUGACACACCACGACCCACCAAACACUCCGCGGCCUCUUAGAUACAGCGGGGCCUCUUAUUUAAUAGAGACACCGACACGGCCCCCCCAAGAGGGUUGCGCUGCCUCUAAAACAUUACGCGGCCCCCCAAGAUCCGCAUGACCCUGAGGGAGGGAGCACGCACCACGGCCGCCUUUCCAGUUCCAAGCCCCCUGCGAUCUUCUUCCAGACGCACCCCGCCCGCGCACUCCGCGACCCCUCAGACCCGCAGGAGCGAAAGAAUAUGGCCGCCGCAAAAUAGUGGGAGUCCUUGUGAGGCCCCACGGACAUUCAUUGCCCCGGCCCCCGAGACAGAGCCCGGCGGGCUCUUGAAGAACAGCGCAGCCAAAUGGACACCAGUGCCGCCGCUAGGCGUCACGACUCCCCCGACACACCGCGGACAGCACCCAAGACACAACACAACCCACCAGGUACCGCGUGACCCCCUGAGUGAAGCGCCGCAGCGUAACCCUUCAAGCGUUGCGCAGUCUAAAAAGCAAAGCGUGACCCCCUGAGCAAACACCGCCUGAGCCCCUAGGCAUUACGUAGCCCCUCAGGGGCAGCCCCCUUCACCCCCCGAGGGAACACAGCGCGGCCCCCUGACAUGAGGUGACCUGUCCCCGAACAUUCUACGACCCGCCAAGCACACCAUGACCCUCCAGACACACCACGACCCCCCGGCCCACGUCACUGCGGUCCCACUGAUAAUCUGACCAAUAUAGCGCGCGGAUAAUUUGGCCAAUUCGGCGCAGCGUGACUUUUUAAACGCGGGGCGACAGCUGCAGACACACCACAAGUGACCCCCUCAGACCUUCCCCCCGCCCUGAACACCGAUCGACGCUGCGGCUUCUAAAUAACGCACCUCGGCCCCUCCAACUCGCCAUGGCUUGCCCUCCCCGUGCAACAUUACCCUGGGACGCCCCCAGGUGGCGCCAUGCUUGCCCAAGAGGCCGCAGAGCGACCAUCCCGCCCAACACACCACAAACCCCCAAGCACCGACCGGCGCCGGGACCUCUAAACGCACCACGGCCCCCCGAACUCGCCACGGCUUGCCCCCCCCCGCGCAAAGUGGCCCCUGGUGGCUGGUGUGGCGAUUGACCAAAGCCAAACCCCCCGGACGCAGCACGAGCAAACCCCCGAAAAGGACGCGGCCAGACCUCUCAGGCACAGCAUAGCAGCACCCCUCUCCCAAACCACAUGGCUUGACCCCUGAGGCACCGCGUGAGCAGAUCCCCAGCAAAGCUACAGCAUGGCCCCACAACGACAAAGCAAACACGCCACGGCCCCAGAAAGACGGGGAGCAGCAGCAGCGCGGCCCCCCGAAGGGAGAAACGGGCACGGCGCGAACCCGAAAGCCCAGCGCCUUGGGCGGUUUCUCUUUCUCAGUCUCAAAUGGAUGCAGCCGCCGCCCUUAAAAUAAGAAAGAGCAACCAAGAGGACGGCGCGGGGCGUAGUGUCAAGAAGAGGCUUGCUGAACGUGAGACGUUGCCCUUUCUUGUGGCUUUCUUCUCAGACAGAGAGUGAGACUCCACGGGGUCAGCUGAUAAAGUUGGCACUUUUUGCGGCUACCUCCUCGCGCUUUCGGUUGCAACCGGGCGCAGGGGCCUGAGGGGGCUGCCGGGGCGGACGUUGGGCGCCGCGUUUCUAUCUUGCCGAGAUUGCCAGCCUGCGGCUCUCUCCGGCUGCACUCUCCUCGAGGGGUGGGCGCUUGGAUCUGUGAGGAGCUAGCCCACAGCUUUGGCCUGGCACCCGCGUGCGUGGCUGGCUCUUGCUUUCGGCGCUUGUUCGGCUUUCUUCUGCGGGAAUUAAUACCAGGCAAGUGGGAAGGUGUGAAGGCGUUGCCAGCAGGCUGGCCCCCCUGAAGGUUCCUCGCUCGCAGCCUCCGAACGCACACUCCCAAGGAGGAGCUGCGAGACGCUAACGCAAUCCCCCGACUGUGGUCGUGGUGAGUGUUGGUUUUUCCGCAGGUAGUUUUCGCUGAGGCUCUCAAGCGUCGCCGCGUCUGAUCUGGCGCGGAAGUUGGGAAGGGGCAGGGGGCUGGACAGGGGUCGCGCAGGCCCCCGCCUCCCCCCGACAAUCCAUCCAGAAACCCCGUCGAGAACGAGACUCUUUUGACCAUUCUUACUCUUUUAUUGUAACAUUUGACUUUCUUGGUCGUGUACUUAGUUCCUACAGCACUAACACUUGUUCUUCCAGAUCCAGUUGCUUAGCAGUUUUUCUGUUUUUUGGUAGAGUACAACUAAAGAGAUUCAGUUUCAACUUCUAGAUGUACUUACUAUCUACAGGCCAGGCAGAGAGUACCACCCGCACGACGAUUACAGGGAUAACCGUGACCGAAGACCGCCCCCGAGGGGACCACCGCGCAGUAAUGAUUGCUACCCGCCACGCGAAGGUCGUUAUCGUGAGAGCGCUGGGGGUGAGGCGCCUCGUGAUGGCGGAUAUGGUCGCAUGUCUCCCCGAGAUGGUCCAGAUUAUCGGCGAAGGGAUGGAUACCCAAGUUCAGGUGGCUACUUCAACUCCGACUCUCGCUACUAUCAUGGAGGGAAUGCCCCCCCGGAACAAGGAGGUUACUACACUCAGCAGAGUGUUGGCGGACCCCGUGGAGGCGGCUCUGGAAAUCCUGACAAUGCCAGCUACGGGUACACCAAUGGCAAGGCCGCGGGCUCCCAAAACAGUCGCAACCGGGAGCAAAGAAGUGAUCCUCGCUACGACUAUGGAUUCGUCUCGCGCAUGAUGAACAGCAGGGGUCCUCCAGCAAGCCCCUCACGCUAUGACGAUGACGCUCAUGCGCAGCGAGGCCGCACGUUGGGCCACAACGGCGAUCCUGCGGGGGACAACGACCGCUUCGGAGGCCAUCCCGGUUCCGGACGACACAGCAAUUAUGAUCGAGGCGGAUAUCCACAGCAAGCGGGAGACGGGCAGUGGCACGGCUACAGCGACCCGCAAAGCAAGGGUGCUUACAACGACCGCCUCCACUCCGGCAGCACGAACUCGAGUCGCGUCGCAGUCACGUCUUCCAGUGGCAGUCGCAGACCGAACGAUCGAAACAGCAGAUAUGUUUCAUCUCGCUACAACGACGAACGGCCUCCGCACGGGCAAAACUACUCCGAGCAGCGCUAUCGAAUGCCCGCUGGUCGUGGAGAUUCAUUAUGAAGACAUCUAGAUCUGCCACCUUACAACUGCCGAGAUCAAUAUGAUAGAAAGUCGAAAGAACGAGACGCAAUUGACUCCACUAAUUUAUUUUACGUACUCCGGUUCCGCCUGUCGUGAUUCCUCCAUCAAAUUCUCUAUCACUUUUGCCUUCAAGGAGUUGGAGUUAUAUCUAGCACUAAAAACAAUAUGCCUUCUGGGAUCUUCAACUUUUGUAGGAUAGGUGUAUUAUACAACUGCACUGUAUCCGUCUUAUCAUCUGGAGCGAGAAUGCUUCAUCGUUUGAAAUCCGAAUUCAUCUAGGUGUAGAAAAAUGCUGUCCCUCGAGCUUGUUUCGUUUCAAUGAUAUCAUGAUAUAUUCACUUUCAUUCAUCCUAGGUUCAUACUUUUCCCUCAUAUCCUAGGUUUAUCCCACCAAGCAAAGAACUCACUUUCAUUAUUGGGAGCAUAUUCGCGGCAGCCGAACGACCAAAGUGACAGGCAGGUAUCGUAUUUCCUGAAUAGACGACAACAUGACGAGCAUGGCGAUACUGAUGACAGGCACGGUGCCGCAGGUUCUUCAAAAAACUACAAGGGCGAGAAAUUCUCGGGUUUGGCCACGUCGGAAGGCCUUGCCGUGUUGCCGCACUCCACGGUUUACAAAGGUACUUUUGUUAAUGAUCAUAAUUCCUGGGUUGUGGUGAUUCUAAAAACCUCCUUUGUCUGCUUGCCAUGUGUAUGGCAAUGCUAAGAGAAGACUGAUCACGUGAGUACAACUACCAAAACUAAUAUUCAUGUUCCUUAUUUGCAUUGUUGUAUGUAAGUAAGUCUGUCCGCGCUUUUAUCGCAAUAGAUACUUCAGGUCUUGUCAUUACCGAUGCGGAGAAUCAUUCCGACGCCAAGUGA